AUGAGCGAGUUGCCAAAGGAACUGCUAUCAAGGUUGAAAUAUGAGCUGAACCUCUUUGACAAAGACCCUCCACCUGGCAUUCAAGCAUGGACUGUCGACGAUAGAGUAGAUCAUUUAGAAGCUACAAUCAUUGGACCAGAACAGACACCAUUUCACAAGGGUAUAUUCUACCUAGACAUCAUUAUGCCCAUGAGGUACCCAUUUGAACCGCCCAAGGUACGCUUCAUCACUCCUAUCUACCAUCCCAACGUUGACUCUCAUGGUAGGAUAUGCUUGAACAUUCUGAACAUGCCACCAAAGGGUGGAUGGGCACCGGCACUGAACCUGUCCACUGUGCUCAGCUCCAUCAGACUCUUGAUGUCUGAACCAAAUCCAUUGGACCCUCUUGUUAGAGAGAUAACUGAUGUCUUCCUCAACAAUCAUCAACAAUACAUACUGACUGCCACUCAGUGGACAGAGAAGCACGCAACACCAGACCAAGCAAAGAGAUCAUUACCAAAUGAUCAGUUGGACACACCGACAGAUAUCAAUACCACGACGACAACAACGACAACGACGACGAUGACAGAUAAACCAUCAAAGAACAAAAGAGAAAGAGAUCAAGAAGAUGAAUCAGAUGACGAGGAGUCAGACAGACAUUCAGUGAAGAAACAAACAACCACCCAUCAAACAAGUAGUAGAGUUGAGGAAACUCAACAACCUCAUGAUGAUGAUGAUGUUAACAACGAUGGCAAUGAAGACAAUAACAAUGAUGGAUGGGAUUGA